AUGCCUGUUUCAAUCUGGCUGUCUAAACCGCUGUGCCCUACAGAUGAUAUCGCCACCAAAAGCGUGCCCGGCGGGCUCCCGGUGCAGGCAACAGCGGCCCCCGCGGGGGCGGCCGGGCGGGCCGGGGCUGACUCUCCCUUCUCUCCAGGGGGGUCCUACGUGGUGGAGCAGGAGGAGAACAAGCGGACGAGGACGGCGUACACCCGGGCGCAGCUGCUGGAGCUGGAGAAGGAGUUUCUCUUCAACAAGUACAUCUCCAGGCCGCGGCGGGUGGAGCUGGCUGUCAUGUUGAACUUGACCGAGAGGCACAUCAAGAUCUGGUUCCAGAACCGGCGGAUGAAGUGGAAGAAGGAAGAGGACAAAAAGCGAGGGGCGGGCAACAGCAAUGACACGGAGCAAGACUGUGUGGUGUCCUCCGGGGAGCUGCAGGGCAAGGAGGAUCUCCAGCCGUGCCCCCCCGGGAACCUGCCCUCGGGGGCCUCCAGGGACCUGCUCGCCCCCAGCCUCGCCCCCAGAAGGCAGCAGGAGUCCCGGUGA